AGCCAGACCUCAGUGCUCCUGCUUCCAGGUGCUGCAGUUGCGCCCUUCCGCUCCCCGUACAGGAAUUUGUAGAUUGCAUUACGUCACUUAUCCUGCCAGCGGCGAGAAGGCAGCUCCGUCCUUUAACGCUUUAGCCCGCUGUUUUUCGGAGGUGAAUUAAUGGGACUUGUGUGUUCUUUCCUGUCGUGUUCAGAGUUAGGAGUCUGGGAGUCCUGGCUGGACGACGGGACAAAGGGAAAGCUUGAAGCGCGACACCACAGCUCUCCUGCUUCAGUAUGAAAAGUUUGUAAAAGAAUCUGAAUAUCGACGACACUCUUAGAGAGUAGAUGGAGGAACCAGAAGGUACAGACAGCUGUUGCUGUGCGGGCUGUGGAGGAGAAAUUCGAGACUCCUAUCACAUGAAAGUUCUCCAGGACACCUGGCACAACUCCUGCUUUCAGUGUUCUGUGUGCCGUGACUACCUCACCACCUGGUACUACAAGAAGGAUGGCAUGCUGUACUGUCGCAGUCACUACUGGGAGAAGUUUGGAGAGCUCUGUCGUGGUUGCUCUCUGCUCAUGACUGGGCCUGCCAUGGUGGCCGGAGAACACAAGUAUCACCCUGAGUGCUUUGUGUGUCUGAGUUGCAAAGUGGUGAUUGAGGACAGAGACACCUAUGCGUUGGUCGAGCGCUCAAAACUCUACUGUGGAAAGUGCUACAAGCAAGUGGUCCUUACACCCAUGUUGGAAAAGCGAUCACACGACUCAGUCCUAGACUCCCUGCCCCACACGCUGACCCUCAUCUCAAUGCCCUCUGCAACCAAUGGAAAAAGGGGCUUCUCCGUCUCAGUGCUGAGGGAUGUCGGUGGCUCAGUGAAUGUGCAAGUCAAAGAGGUCAGAGAAAUGCUUAUAAGUCCAGAGGUGCGAAAUGCCAUCCAUGUUGGGGACCGGAUCCUGGAGAUCAACGGCCUUCCAGUUGGAACGUUGAUGGAGGAGGAGGUGGACCAUCUCAUCCACCACACCAGUCACACGCUGCAGCUGCUUAUAGAGUAUGAUCCAGUCAGGCAGCGUUUGGAUCGGCUCAAACUGGGAUCACCCAGGCUGGGGGUGCCGGCCACCUCCCGCAUGCGUCUGUCCUCACCUUCUGAUGCAGUUCUGGACGUGGAUGUGGCUGAAGAGGGCACACUGAAAAGGAGGUCUUUGAGGCGUAGCAACAGCAUAUGUAGGUCACCUGGGCCAACCUCCCCCAGAGAGCUGCCUUUUAUCACACGAGACAUUGGGCGCUCUGAAUCCUUGAGAUCCUACAGUAGCUGCUCUCAUCGCAUCUUCCGGCCAUGUGACCUCAUCCAUGGAGAGAUCUUAGGAAAGGGCUUCUUCGGACAGGCUAUCAAGGUGACUCAUAAAGCCACAGGAGAGGUGAUGGUGAUGAAGCAGCUGAUCCGCUGUGAUGAGGAGACUCAGAAAACUUUCUUAAAAGAGGUUAAAGUAAUGCGAAACCUGGAUCAUCCCCACGUCUUGAAGUUCAUCGGUGUGCUGUACAAGGAUAAGAAGCUCAAUUUGAUAACUGAGUAUAUUGAGGGAGGCACCCUGAAGGAUUUCAUCAGAGACACCGACCCGUUUCCAUGGGAGCAAAGGGUGAGCUUUGCAAAGAGCAUUGCUUCUGGCAUGGCCUACCUUCACUCGAUGAGCAUCAUACACAGAGACCUUAACUCUGACAACUGCCUGGUUAAACUGGACAACACUGUGGUCGUUGCUGACUUUGGACUCUCCCGACUCAUCGUAGAUGAUAAAGUUGAAAAACCUUCCACUAAGAGGAGGGUGUUCAAACGUAUUGACCGAAAGAAGCGGUACACUGUUGUGGGAAACCCUUACUGGAUGGCCCCAGAGAUGCUAAAUGGUAAACGCUAUGAUGAGAAGGUGGACAUUUUCUCAUUUGGAAUUGUACUUUGUGAGAUCAUUGGAAAGGUCUAUGCAGACCCUGAGUGCCUCCCCAGGACUCUGGACUUUGGCCUGAAUGUUGGCAAAUUUGUGGAGAAGUUCCUCCCUGAUGACUGUCCACCAGCUUUCUUCCCGCUGGCUGUGGCCUGCUGUGACCUCACACCAGACAACCGCCCACCUUUCCAGAAGCUGGAGGACUGGUUUGAAGCUCUGUCCCUGAACCAGGAGCUGAGGAUCCCCCUGCCAGCAGAACUGGACGAACUGCAUCACAGUCUGAGUCGUCUCUACUGGCCUAAAGACAGCUCUCCACCCCAAAGCACAGACCAGUCAUCAACCCCAACAGCAGCCUGUCCAGACUGUUCCAGUGUGACAGACACCUAAGACCUAUGCCUCUCUUGUUUUUAGCCAUCUGAACUCCUGCACUAAUACUGUGGAUGGGGACAAAUGGGAAAUUGCAUUGAACCUGAGCCAUAUUAGAACUGGACAACCUGAGGUAGCUGGACCAGUCUCCCUGUGUGGGACCUUAACUCAGUGCCAGUGAACUGCAGUGUGAGUGGAGAGAGACAUUUCAAAAGACAAGUAUUAAUUACUAAAAAAUUUUUUUUUACACUCUAGUCAGAUGCCACUCACACUCAACACACUAAUGUUUACUGUGUAUAAAGACAAAAACCAACUUUCUGUGGUCUUCUUCCUGACAGCCUCUUUAUAAAGUGGAAAACCACGAUAUGUUCCCAUGUGACAGCAGUUUUGUUUUUCUGGCUUUGAAGUUGUUGUUUGCCAUGUGUGGAAUGUGCCGAUCGGUCCUUGCCUGAAGGAGGACUGACUUCACCACAGCAGGAAAGAAAACAUUAGAUAGCUUAGCUUACUGACAUGUCCAAGUAAACACAGGGCAGGGCUGGAAGAGAACAGGAGUGACUUAAAGCAACAGUGGGAGCAAAACAAACACUGAAUAGUUUCAUCACUAUCUGUCUACUGCUUAUCUUUGCCAUCUUGUGUGGUGAAGGAAUGUUUAGAUUUAGUUUUUUUGUUUUUUUUUUCCAUUGACGCACCACUGAUAUAAUUUUUGACAAGAUGGAUACAAGUCUGCUUCUUAUCACUUCUCAGAAUGAUUAAUGAACACUAUUUAGAAUUUUGCAACACUGACAUUUUGUUCAAUUUCCUCCAAACACCUGUCUAUUAAAAAAAAACAGGCUGUUAUUAAUAAUUGUCUGACUAAUAAUUGUCAUGCCAGAGUUGACUUUAACAAGUGGCCUUGUACAGAAGAACAUUUUGUUUUCAUGAGUAUUGUGUACAAAUAUGUACAUAUGACUUAACUGGAUGUAAUUUUUCAAUCAUAGUUCUAAAUUUGUAGAUUUUUUUUUUGACAUUUCCUCAGUGAUUGACGUUUUUGCCUUUUUUGCUAUUAUCAUGCAAGGUACUGACGACCAUUUAUAACCACUAUUUAUAUUGCUGUGGUGUUUCAUAAAUAAACCCUCCAAAAAAUGGCUUUUGUUUGCUAUUCAGUACUGUAUAUCAAGAAAACGGUGACUAAGCAUCAGCUCUUCUGUUCUGUUCUUUUUUUUUUCCUUUAGCUGUUUGUCCCACUUGUACUA